AUGGAUCUUAAAGCAGAGAAUGUUGGAAUUCUGUUUAAAGGAGAUGAUGAGGUGAAAGGAGAUGCAUUGGUUGGGUAUUGUGACAGUGACUAUGUUGAGAAUAUCGACAGUAGGAAGUCUCAUUCGGGUUACAUCUUCACCAUGUAUGGGGCUGCUGUGAGCUGGAAGUCAAGCUUGCAGAGUGUGGCUGCCUUGCCCACGACCAAAGCGGAGUACAUGGCAUUAACGGCCGCAGUAAAAGAAAGUUUCUGGCUAAAGGGAAUUGCAGCGGAUUUUGGUGUGGUGCAAGCUGCAGUGGCUAUAGCCUGUGAUAAUAAGGGUAUAGGCAGUGGCUAUAGGCUGUGA